UUUCUGUCACGGUUUCUUGUUUUUGGUGUGAACGCGUAGAUUGCAAUUAUUCUGCUCUAAAAGCUGCAAAAGUUUAUUAUUAAACAUCGUCUGAAAUGUGGAAAUCUAAUGAAGUUCAUGAAGGUUGGUGUGUGUGUACCAGAGCGAGGGCAGUGUGAAAUUAAACAUGGACAGAGAUUUACUCAGACAGUCCGUGACCUUUCAUGGGCAUGGUUUGUUUUCUCUGCUGAAAUGUGAGCAGAGUGAAAAUCCAGACUUCAAACACGUCACCGACUAUCUCGCCAAAUCAGUGAACCAGAGAGAUGAAAAUGAUGACAGUCCCGUCAUGGAGCAGUUCAUUGCAAGGAAAGCAGAUCUUCUGUUCGCUUCAUGUUGGAAAACCACCACGCCCACGGAUGAUGAGUGGCAGGAAGACACCAGAGAACCGUAUGCCCUCAUGCCUCCUCUGGAGCGGUUCAUGGACGUCUCACAUGAGGAGAGGAGAGAGCUCUUCUACAGAGACGUGGAACGAGGAGACGUCGUCAUCGGAAGAAUCACGUCCAUCCGAGACUUCGGCUUCUUUGUGAAUCUUCUCUGCACCGCUGGGGGUCUGGAGAGGGACGUGGAGGACCUGGAGAUCACGGGUCUCUGUCCUAUCAGAGAUGUGCCAUCGACCGGCAACCACGACGAUCCCUUGUCUUAUUUUCAAGUUGGCGAUGUAAUAAGAGCUGGUGUGAAGGACAUCGACCGUUACCAUGAGAAGCUGACCCUGUCGCUCCACAACUCCUCCCUGGCCCCCAAUCUGGAGAGAACCAAGCUGGGUGUAAUAAGCAAGGAGGAUUUACCUCUCCACUACACUCGCGGUCAGCAGGUGAGCAGUGACGGCGGUGAACCGUACGAGCUCUUACUGCAGAGUUCAACCGGAUUCUCCAACCCGGCCAACGUGGAUUAUCUGCUGAACAAGCUGGGCAUCAGCGACACCGAGUCUCACUCGCUCAUGAGAGGAUUACAGAGUAAACAUUUCCUGGAGGACGAUUACGCGAGAACGAUUAGGAAGAAACAAUCUGCAUCCUGGGCGCUGAAAUGCGUCAAAUCCGGAGUGAACCACUUCAAAUCGGGGCGACACGUAGAGGCCAUGAACGAGUAUAACAAGGCGCUGGAGAUCGAUACCAACAACGUGGAGGCUCUGGUAGCGCGCGGCGCUCUGUACGCAACCAAAGGCAGCCUGAUAAAAGCUAUCGAUGACUUUGAGCUGGCUCUGGAGAGUUGCCCGACUCACAGGAAUGCCAAGAAAUACCUGUGCCAGACGCUGGUGGAACGAGGUGGCCAGCUGGAGGAGGAGGAGAAGCUGGUCACGGCUGAGGGACUUUAUAAGAAAGCCGUGACUUUAGACGACACGUUUCAGGAAGCGAAGGAAGCGCUGAGGAAGCUGCAGACGCGCAUCCAGAAAACUCUGGAACUGAAAGCCGAGGAGGCGGCUAAAGAGGAGGAGGUAAAACCCACGCCCGAGACGAGCGCCGAGAAAUUACGUAAGAUCUUAAAAGAAGAGAAAAGGAUGAAGAAGAAGCGGAAGAGGUCGGAGUCCUCGUCCGAUUCGUCCUCCAGUUCCAGCUCCUCCAGCGACGACUCCUCCAGCCGCAAGAAGUCCAAGAAGCGGAAGCGCAAACGCCGACGGUCUUCACACGGCGCUAAAAAACACAAGCGCCGAAAUUCGUCCCGCGACGUCGAGGAGGAGGAAGAAGAGGAGGAGGACUACCCGGUUCCCGCCGACACCUCGGCCUCCUUCAUCGACCAGAAACGGAGCUUCGCUAGGGCGCUGGAGGAGGGAAGAACCGGAGAAGGUAGGUAUGAUGAUCCCUUCGCUCGGAACGGCCGGGAUAAAGAGCGGAGAAGAUCCGAGGACGAUCCCGGCACGUGGCCGGAGAGUUCCGGUACCUCGCGCACCUCCUGCAGGAAGGAUUCGUCCUCCUCCGCUUACUCUGGGGUCUCCAUGAGAUCAGACUCGAGGAAGUCCAGCUCGUACGACUCUCGCAAGUCUGACUCCAAUAAAUCCGGGAGUCACGGGAAGUUCCGGGCGGGGAACGACGGGAGCGAGCGGAGAUCGAGCAGCAGCGGUGAUACGAAAGCCUCGGACGGAAACCAGAAGAAAAGUUUAUCUGCAAAUCUGUUAGACAUCUUCAACCAGAUCGCCGAGUUUAAGAAGGAGAGGAAGCAGAAGAAAUGAACCGAAGCCGCUCCAGUGUUAAAUCUGCAUCCUGUGAAGAGAAAUGAUAGAAAGAAAUGUAAUAUUAACAUGAUAAUGAGAUCUGUGUGAGGACGGAACAUGUGAACAGCUGUCUGUGUGAAUGUGUCGAAUGUUUACCUGAAAAACCUGCCUGAUUAAAGAUCAAUGAAACUGAA